UAUUAUUGUACAAACAAACACAACACAUCAAAGUUACUUUGUAUUUAAUAACUUUGGGAAAUAAUUAAUUUAUUCAAUAAGUCAGCUUGUGUUCUACAUAUAUAAAAACGUAUAGUUACGUCUAUAUCCCUUGCGGGGAAGACAGAGCAUUGAAAAACAGUCUUGAAAAGGCUGAAAGGCCACGUUCAGCUGUAUGGCUUUAUGAUGGAAUUAAGACUCAAAUAGAGACAGGUUGCUAGGCGAUCGCCUACAAGUGGAAUCCCAAGUUUAUAAGCCUAUCCCUUUGUCGUCUUUUACGACAUCCAUGGGUAAGACAUGCAGUGGUUCUACUCUAUAGUGCCGGAAACCACAAUUAUACUCUAACCCAUCCAUUUUGUGUUAUAAAUAAUUUCAUUGACUACAGAAAGUUGUAACAUGUCUCUCACUAGAAGUAGGCAUGCUCAUUUGAAAAUAAACACAUGUCGCAUCUGUCUGGAAGCUAAUUUAUCAGACAGCAUUAUUUUAAAAUGCGGUGAUAUGUGGUUGGAAUUAUAUGAGUACUGCUUUGGGCUAACGAUUGAUGAAAAUGAUGUGCCGAAAAUACUUUGUAUGGCAUGUGCUCAGCACGUGAAGGACUUUUCAAACUUCAAAAGGAAGUGUCAUCAUUCCAACAAACUGUGGAGGUCUAUUAUAGCAACUGAUGUGAAAUGUUACUCGGAAAAUUAUAAAGCAAAAGUAGAUAUUGACUUAUCUUUGGUAAAACACGAGAAUGUUGAUUCAACCCAAUCUUUAUCGGAAUCUAUUGAUAUUGACGUGAAGACAGAAUAUAUUUCAUCUAUCUCUGUAAAUAACAAUGAGGAAGAUUUUAUAAGUGGUAAUGAAUGUGACGGAUCUUUAGAAUAUGAUAUAGAUUAUACAACUAAAAAAAAAGUUAAGAAAACACGAAAAAAAGCAUCAGGUAAAAUUAAAAAACCUAAAAAACAAAAUGGAGUGAAACCUAACAAGCCAGCUAAAAAACUAAAUGGAGUGGUUGAUACCACCCAACCUUGUUGUUUAUGCGACUUUGUUUCUUCUGACACAGAAACCAUAAAGGAUCAUUUGGAGGAGCACAGGAUAAAAAAUGAUCUUGCGUGUAAACUUUGCGACCACAAAGGCAGAGAUUUCGCUGAUGCCGUCAGUCAUAGAUUUCACCACAUCCCCAGGGCGUGUAGACUGCACAUAAUCUGUCAUAUUUGUGACACGAGACAGUUGUCCGUCAAAUCGUUACAGUUUCACUAUCGUUCCGUACAUUUGGACAAAGACGGCGGUGUUUGCCAUGUGUGCGGUAAAACGUUUAACAAAUACAAAACCUGGUGGGAACACGAACGGUUACACAAUGAGAAUGUGAAGAAAUAUAUAUGCGAUCAUUGUGGGAAGACGUAUCUCUACCGCUCUCAAAUCGAGGAACACCUUUCAAAUUUGUCCGACGUAAAGGAAUUUAUAUGUGACAGCUGCGGCUGCGCCUUCAAGCGAUAUAGUUAUUUAAAAGUGCACAUAUCGACUGUACACGAAAACUCCGGCGUGAAAUGCGACCACUGCGGCAAGACGUUCAAAAACGACUACAGACUGCGACACCAUCUCAAAAUGUUGACAAGAAAGAAGGAAUAUUUCUGCAAAGUCUGUUCCAAAGGGUUCGUUCAUCCUGGCGCAUUAAAAAAACACGAGUUUUGGCACACUGAUGAAAGACCGUGCCCUUGUGAAAUAUGCGGGCAGGCGUUCAAAAAGCCCGGUGAACUUAGAGUGCACUAUAUGAGGCACAGAGGAAUAUUUAAAUUCAAAUGUAACGUUUGUUCUAAAGCGUUUGUGACCAGUACGCAGUUGAAACGUCACGCGGCCGUACAUACGGGCGUGCGCAGCCACAGAUGUACGGCGUGUGAUAGAAGCUUUCAUGGCAGGAAAUUGCUCGUCGCACAUUGUUUGAGCAAACAUAAUAUUGUAUUGGAUUUUAGCAAGGAAAAUGUUAAUAAUAUUGAGUAAAUAAAUUUUUUUACAUGCACAGAGAAAUUGCAUUUCAUUUUUCACCAAAAAGGUUACAAAAUCGAGGUUUGUCAUGCAAGGGUUUAGAAGUGAAAUAACACAUACCAUUAAUUUAUUUAUUAAUUAAUUUGUAGUGGGCACUUAGAGUUGAGUAAGUAGGUACAGAGACGGUGCUGCUUGCUUAUUUUUUAUUUUAGAAAAAGGGGUAAUACUCUUUAAAAUACAAUGGCUUGUAUUUUGAACUUUUCCCAAAAGCCCAAAACGUUGAUUGCACAUACAUCCAUAAAACUAAAUAAAGUGUACAUCGGUUGAGUAAUUUUAAAAUAACUUUUUUUAUUGUAGUCUUUUCUAAGAUAAAAGAUUUUAAAAGAUUUGAGACUCCUGCCAAUUUUUUUAUUG